AAGCAGUGGGUGGAUUUGGAUGUGUGUCAGUCUUGAAAUGGUUAAAUGAGCGGCGUCUCCACCCGAUGCUGGCCAGACGCUGACGGCUGCAGGUGAUGGUUCACUCCGCAGACCACGAGCAUAUUCCUAGGAAACACGGGAGUGGUGUCCAAUCAUACAGCUGCCAGUGAAGGUGCUUUUUCUACAAAGAAAUCUUUAAUUUACAUUUAUAUCUGAGAGAAAACAAGCACAUCGAAAUUACUCUGCUGAGGGCAGUGCGCAAGCGCGUACGCUAAGAUACAGGGAAUUUCAACACUCGUGAAGGAUUUCUUUCAUCAGAAGGGACAUUUAAAGGAAAGAGCAUCGCUUGUUCUGAUUUAUAAAAAAGAAAAGAAAAAGAUUUUAUGCGUUGUGGUCCCCAUUUCUGAAUCGGUUCUCUUUAUUCAAGCCCUCGCCUCGUCGUUAUCGAUCAUGGCAUGGCCCUGUAUCACCAGGGCUUGCUGCAUCAACCGCUUCUGGAGUGAGUUGGACAAAGGUGACAUUGCAGUGCCUUUGGUAUACACGAAGUAUUCAGGUGUAGCCGAUGUGCAACAUCUGCAUCCUCAGCCCAAGCCAUUAAUAUCACAGAAGCCGGUCACCACAGAAUCCCAGCCUGCCCAUGGCGCUCACCAGGAGGCGUCGACCACAGCGACUCACGCCGCCGCUGAUGCCGCAGCAGCAUCAUCUCAAGACGGCUCAGGCGCUUCUGUGAUGCGCGAGGAUUUCAAAGCCUGGAGUGUGCGUCCGGAACGAAGCUGCAAACCCAGAGACGAGUAUCAGCUGUCAAAGGCCCCUUUCAACAACGUGACUCAGUACCAGAAAGAUUAUAAACCGUGGCCCAUUCCGAAAAGAGAUCAUCCGUGGAUUCCCAAACCCACUCCUGAUGCACCUUGUAAGGCUGAGAGCAAGUUCUCCAAACAGGAGCAGGCCGCUGCUGAGGUUGAAACCGGUGUGGAAAAAUGUGAGAUUGAAGAAAAACAGCACGAAAAAGAGAGUAAAGAAAGGAGAAAGAAGGUAGACAAAAAAGAGCAUGUGCCAGAGGGGAUCAAAAUGGAGCAAGAUGUUGCAGUGGAGGGAAAGAGGAGGUCAGCUGCAGAUGCUCUCAACAGACAGAUUAAGGAGGAAGUCACAUCUGGAAGUUCAUAUAGGACGGAGUUUAAGGCUUACAGUGAUGUCAAACCAGUGAAACCCAUCAAAGCGAAAUCUCAGUACAAAAUCUUAGUGGAGGAGAAGACCAGCCUGGAGACCAGUUACAGUGCAACCUUUAAAGGAGAGCAGGGCAAACCUCAGGCCACAGAUAACAAGCUGCUGGAGCGCCGUCGGAUACGAAGCCUGUACAGUGAACCAAGCAAGGUAGGAUGCGUUCUCAGGCAUAAUAUAUCACUUUCCAAGCCAAAAAAGACAACAAGCCAUAGCAAAACAGUGAAAAAAGCAAAGGAGAAGCCAAUCGCUGGGAGUCAAGCUGCCAAGAAGAAAACCUCAGUGAGCAACCAGGAGCCAAAGCCAGAGGGAGGGGUCACCAAGAAAAGCAAAGAAAUGAUCAACAGACUAGCCGAGGCAAAAGAUUAAGUGCACUUUUGUGUUUGGGGGGGUUGAGGAGGCUAUAAUAAAGAACAGAGGACUCUCAUCCCCUUGUUCAUGACCUUACUAUAGUGGCCUGACUCUGAUGGUGUUGUUACCUACGUAUUGUAGUGGAUCAAGGCUUAUCUGCUUGAUUUGUCUUGACUGUGUGGCCACUGUCCAGUCUAUAAUGAAUCUAUCUUUGCUUUUGCCCUGCGUCUUCUCCCUUUCCAUAUACAUCAAUAGCUUUCCCUGUGGCAAAGAUGAUUCACGAAUCCCUGUUGCAUGCUGCCUCUGAGCAAAUGGCAAUAGCCUUAUAAUAUAAGCUAAGGUUUUUGCUUUAUCUUGCAUUGAAAGAUAUUUACUGCAAACAAUAAUGUUCUUUUCUUUCAAGCAAUCUAAUGUGAUACAGACUUCAUUUAAAGUAUAUGGACCACUCUAAUUAGAUGCACCAAUAGCAUUUCUCAAACACUAAGAUGUAAUAUUUGUCACCACACAGCUGGAUUAUAACAAUGUCUUAUUCCUCACAAUCAACAGCGAACACAAGAACGUCUUAACAUCUCAAACUGCAUGUUUAAAGAUUGUGUGACACCUGAAAUUAGCAGUUAGGAGCCUUACGAGUGCUCAAAAGCACCAUGUUUAUCAAAUCCAGCUUUACUUUUUGAGUAUUUCAGUUCUUUUGACACCAGUGGCAGUCAUUUUUAAACAAAUUGAGGCAUGGUCACUCUUAAAGCUUUAUUGUUACCUUGUAGUGUAGAGCAUUAUGCUAUGGAGACCUAUUUACGCUUAGCUUGCUUUGCUAAAGCAUCGUUCAAAUGUGCUCUCAUAUGCAUCUUUCUAUCUAAUAAGAGAAUUUGCUGAUGUAAACUUAAAACUGCCUACGUUCCUUGCGUAUGCUGUAAAAUGGAUGAUUGAAUUGGGAAGAAUGCUGCUAAGCAUACAGCUGAGGUCCAUGUGAUUGACAGACAGAAGCGUGCUUUAUAGUCAUCUGUAUGUUAAUCAUCAUUCUGACCUGAUCUGGUCUGGACCGGUGAGAGCCCUCUCAGAGUAAAUCUACAGCCUCUUGGUCCCGAGCUCCUCCUGGGUUGUCCUACACGUGCUGUGCACAGCAUUCUAGGUGCUAUCCUCAAGCUAUGCUUUCCGUAACAGUAGUGCCUGUAUACUGAGCAACAUAGGACCAUCAGAUUUCCAACUGGUAAUUCUAAGUGUGAUGUGUUUGUGUUGUGAGCUUGCAUUGAAUGAAAUUAAUUAAAAUCAUUAAAGCAA